UCCCUCCUGCCGCUUUGGGUUUGAGGUUCCUGCGUCAAAGGUUCCACACGCUGUUCCACAUGUGUUAUUGUUUUGUUAAGGUAAUUCAUUUGUGAUGCAUUGAAAUAAACUAUAGUAACAUGGGAAAGAAUAAAAGGAACAAGCCAAACGAGUCGGGGAAACAAGCGGACAAGGCCGGAAAAAACCCAAGUGAUAAGAAGUUCAAACGAGAUGCUAAACCCAAGAGAGCCAAACCAGACCACCUGAAAGACAUCCCCUUCAGGCUCCGAGAGAUCAUGAAGAGCAAGGAGAGGAUGAAAACGGGACCCUUGAAGGCCAAAAAGCUUAAAGAUGUCAUUCCCCCUAAAGGUAAACCAGAGGAUUCCCAGGAUGGAGACAUACCCGUCCCACAUUUCAAGAGGAGAAAGAUGGAAAGUGAGAAAGCAUACGUGCGGCGCAUGCAGAAUGAGACAAAUCACGUCCUCUUCCUCACCAAGAACCAGGUAGACAGGAAGCCUGAGCUGGAUAUAGAUGAACAAGAGAAGCCUGCAGACAAGGGCAAGUCUGAGAAAAAGAAAGAGUAUGAUAAAGGCAGAUUACAGAGACUACAACUGAAGAAGUUGGACAGACAGGAGGACAUGUUGGAAAAAGAGAUGUUUGUUGAUAAUGUUCCCUUUGGUGAAGUUUCAAUGGCCCCGCCGUCUUUGAGUUUCAAACCCAGGAAAGCUCCGGUCAAAUCUCAGGGAUCAAAGAACCUGCUUCUCAACUCUCUCCUCGGCCAAACCGUUGCUUCCACAACCAAGCCCUCCAUGGCCAGACAGAGAAUAAUGGAGGAGGAGAGGGUGCGAGCGGUGGAGGCCUACCGUCAUCUUAAGAAACAGAAACAGCUGCAGCACGAGGCCAGGACUGCUGGUCUGGAAAAACUCAAAAACCUUCAGUGACAGUUUGUGUCAAAGAAAGUCCCUCGCUUGAGUCAGCAGGGCAGUUCACAUUGUAAGAUAACCAUGAGCAGACGGACUGUAUUAUGUAACAAUGGAAUAUUCCAGCGAGGGAGCUUACCUCAAUGUAGCUAACUGUCAGGGAAAGAAGCAAACAUUUGCAUCCACAGGCCACAGUAUGAGAUAAGUUACUAUCAGCAUUCCCACUGCCACUCUCAAUAUCACGUUAAGCUCAAAAGUGAACAGGACAUACACUAUUAUUAAUGCCUGUUUAAAUGUGUAUAAAGAAGACAAACUGAUGACGGCUAAACACAUCCAGACAGGUGACUUCUGUUGAUUUGUCACCCUGUAACUGUGUUGGAUGUUUACUGGUAAGUGUUCAUUUACGCUGUGUUCAUCUUUAGGUAACAUUUGUGAUAUGGUAGACAAUAAAAUCAUCAAGAAUCAA